AUGUUAGUGUAUUGGAUUCCUGAAACUCCCGAUACUCUUCCUGCAAACGCCUCCCAUACUGUUGGUAUUGGUGCCUUCGUCAUGAAUGAUAACAGAAAGCCUUUCUCCUGUGGCCAGCCGCUUGUUGGUGGUGGUGGUGGUGGGGAACGGGGCGGUGGGUUGCCAGUUUUAAUUUUUGACCUGUCUGGUAUAUGCGAACUUUCGGGUCAGAUACUAUUAGAAAAGUCAAUUCAUAUAGGUACUGUUAAAAGUCCAACAAGGUAA